UGGCAUGAUAACUCAUAACUGCGAAGCGCUGUAUCCUCAUAAGACCAUUAGCCCCCUACGAUAUUUCUCUGUUGAUCUACGCGUUGUAGAAAUAAUAAGACGAGAGAUUUUAAGAAGGCAAAUCGACUCUACUGAACUAAAACCUGCGUUCUGGAUUGUGGUGGUUUUUGUGGUUGCAGAAGAGCAACAUUAAAGAUAAUAGGCGGCAAAUGGGUGACCAAGUUACAGAGGCAAAGGAUGUUCCGGGAAGCUCCUCCACGCCUGCUCCACCAAAGUCUCGAAAAUCGGCUUUACAACGAAACUAUUCGGCAAGAAGAUAUAUAGCUUUUAAUGUCGACUUGGAGAUAAGUAUACCCGAAGCUGUCAGCCUUGACGAGUUCUUCCAGCAACAUUCUCAAGACCUCGAAACGAAAAUAAGGGAAGCAGUGGAACAGAAGAAACAUGACGUGACCGAUCCUAAGGUAAUGAAGAUAUCUUGCUAGGGCAAAACUCUUCAAGUUAAACUUCUUUAUCAUCAGGAUAACAAUUUGGUGGCCCUAAAGCAAAACUUCAAAAAAGUAACUUCCAAGAUCAAAGAAGACAUAAAGGAGAUUGGACCUUGGGGGGAGCCGAUUGAUGUAAUCAUAAUGAAUUCCAAAGAAAUGGACCAAAAAGUCGAAGAAAUAAGACUGGUAGAAAGAUCCCGCUGUUUAAAGGAACAUGGCAUGACUGAGAUGCACAAAGAGAUAAUUCUUCAUCAAAAAGAAAAGAUGGCGAAGGAUCUCGAGGUUAAAAAAAUGCUCAACAGCCUAAUGAGUCAGGGAAUCUUUGAAAUGAAAGAUGAAGCGGCAAUAGAAGAGGAGUCUGGAGAUCGCGCUAAGAGAAGAAAAUUGCUGGAUAGAUUAUUUGACAAAAUUCCAGAUCGAUUUGAUGACUUUGUGGAAAUCUUGUUGAGCGGAACUCAAUCUUUUCACGCCAUCAGUCUCCUUAAAGAAGAAAGAAAAGAAAGCCAAAAAGAGCGUGACGCAUUAUGGUCGUACUUGAGUGCAAUGGCUGAGGCAAGACAGAAACUUUAUGAAGAAAAAUACGAGCUAAAUGAGCGGUUAGAAGAUUGUAAACACAAAGAGCAAUUGAAGCAGUCAAGUGGUUCUGUUCAAGAUGAAAACAUUUCCACUGGGACAGAGGGAUGUCAGCCAAGAAGUUCAGACGAUUGCCCACAGUCAAGCACCUCGAAGGGCAAGCUUCAACAUGCUGAGACUAGGAUUAAGGAUGGACGAAGGGGGAACGAAAUUGUUUCCAAGAUAUCAACGAUGAUCGAUAAGCGAUACAAAGGGCUUCAAGAGAACAUCACUGAAAAAGUCAACGCAGUUUUUCAAGAGGAAGACCAUCAAUGGAGUAAAGAAAUGAAGGAAGUUUUCAGAGACCUAGAAAACGAAAUAGAGAGGAUAGAGGAUGAAGCAGCGAAGAAAAGUGCCUCUACCCUUGAGAAGGAAAGUGGAGAAAAGAAUCUACUGAAAACAAAACUGCAAGAGCUCCAAAGAGAAUUUGAUACAAAUAAAGACAGGUUCAGUGAACUACAGAAACUUCACAAAAAGGAGGAAAACGAAUGUCAACAAUUAAAAGACGCAGUCGAAGCAAAAGAUACAAAAUUAACUGAACUAACAACAAAGAACGGUGACAUUGGAGGUAAAUUGCAAGCGCUCGAAAGUGAAGGUAAGGCGAAGGGUGACAAGAUCCUCAGCUUAGAAGAACAAAUAAAAAAACAAAACAUAAGUCUUGAAAGUGUUAAAGAACAACUCAAACAAGAGCAAACUAAAUCAAGAGUAGAAGAGAAACUUAGAAAAACAAUAGACGAGCAGCAGAAACAAAUCAAGCAGUUGAAGGUAAAUCUCAAAAGCACACGAAAACAACUUACGGAAUCUAAAACUACGAGGCCUAAACAGAAGAAAACAUCACAGAAGCAAACGCCGAAAAACCUGGCCAGUACGCACUAAUCUAUAGAAUAAAAUGAAAGCCACAAUAAGGACAGGUUGCAAAUACAAUUUACAUCUAAAGUAGAAUGAUAAGGAAAAUACUCUGACAGAUUGAACAAAAAUUUGAAAAGAGAAUUUUCUAAUAAACUUCGUUAUUUGUGAAGGAAGCAUCUCUGAAAAGAUGAUCAAAACCAGCGAUUUUUCAUAUAAUCAUAUUCGCAAGUUCUCCGAUAGUGAUCAUUUUUCAGCCUUGUUUCCGUUAAAGCUCGUCGGAUAAUUUUGAAUAAUAAUAAAGUCUGCAUGGCAGAAGUAAACUAUAGCCGCCUUAGAUUCACGGCAAUGAAAUAGGGAGAACAAUGGCCAUUUUGAUACCACUGUAUUUGAGCCAAUUUUGGGCAAUCUCUGACAAGUAGAACGUUUUUAAUUCGCAAAAUUUUCCUGACGAAACUGGCAUUCUGCUAGAUAGAAAGUUCAAUAAACUAUUUUUCUUAUGGAGCUUAGAUACUCCGUUGCAGAACGCAUAUGAAGAUGUAAACGAGGUGAAAACAAAAUCCAGAUAGUCUUACUUUCCCAGAUACUAGCUCUGAGAUCCUUUCCAUUUCGAUCCAUGCAAGAAGGUAAAUAAAUUCUUCGAAAUCUUCAACGUAGUAAACAGACGAACGGGGAAUCCCAAUGAAAUACUGAGAUCAAUAUUCUGAGUCUCAAUCACUUUCGUUUGAGGAAAUACAUUUUUCUUCCGGUUGGAAGAAACUCUUCAACUAGCUUGUCACGUCCAGUCUUGAAAUUAAUCUUAUCCCUUUCCGCUCAGCCUCAGUUUUGCACAGGCAAAGCAGUCUUGAACAUACUGAUAUAUACGGAAAUUUACCCAACUGAAAAAAUAGUUUGUAAGGAAAAAGAAGCAGUUCUAGAAUUAGAAAAAUUAGUGAGUAUAAAUGUACUGUUUAGCUUUUUUAUUCUAUUUCUCUUUCGUUCUUUUUAAUUUUUUUUUUUUUUUAAGUAAAGCGAAUGUUUAGGUGUACGAUUUUUAGUGUAAGUGACGUGCCGAAGUGUAAUAAUGGCGGAGUAAGAAGCCUUUUCUUUCAGCAGUGUAAAUAAACAUGAAAAGUAAGAUAGUAAUAUUGUAAGUAGACUAAUGAGCUGAGUACCUGCUAUCAUUGUUGUAUCAUGGAAAAAGUGUUAGU